AUGGUUUACGUUCGCGAAAAUUAUGAGCUUAACAAGGAGGCUUUUAAAGCAGCUCAGAAGCGUUACUAUCUAAAGAAUAGAGAGCAGCGUCUAACUAAUCAAAAGGAAUAUAAUGAGUUGCACAAGGAGGAGCUAGCGCAACGCAGAAAA